AUGGGUUUAUGCGGGCGCCAGAAGGUCGUCCAGCGGAAGAUGGUUCUGCUAGGGGACGGUGCUUGCGGAAAGACCUCGGCUUUGAAUGUGUUUACCAGGGGAUUUUUCCCGACGGUUUAUGAACCGACGGUGUUUGAGAAUUACGUUCACGACAUCUUCGUGGACAACGUCCACAUGGAACUGUCCCUAUGGGACACAGCCGGCCAGGAAGAAUUCGAUCGCCUGCGCGCGCUUUCGUACGAGGACACACACGUUAUAAUGCUCUGCUUUAGUGUCGACAACAGAGACUCGUUCGAAAACGUCGCGUCCAAAUGGAUGGCCGAAAUCCACGAAAACUGUCCCGGCGUGAAGCUGGUACUGACCGCGCUCAAAUGCGAUUUGCGCAAGGACGACGAGCAAAACGAGAACCCGAAUGCGGUUGCCUUUGAUGAAGGGUUGGCCAAGGCGAAGGAGGUUGGGGCUGUGAAAUACCUUGAAUGCUCUGCGGUGCAGAACCGGGGAAUCCGAGAGACAUUUUAUGAAGCAGCGAAAGUGGCGCUCGAGGUGAAGCCAACCGGGGGGAGCUCGAGCGGAGGAUGUAUUAUUCUGUGA